AUGACCGACCACCCGAUUUUGGUAUGGAUUCUCUCGUUGAAUCGAGAUUAUACCGUCACAGAAUACGACCAAUGCCACAAAGUAGUUCAAGAAUGCAUUCAACACACCUCUUUCCCUUACCAACCCAAAAACCCCGACAGCUUUCGAAAAAUCGUAACCACCCUUCUACCAUUGCUCAUGAUGCGCCACAGAAGGAUCCCUCGCGCCAAAUGGAAAGAUUAUACAAACAACCAAGGGAAACACUGGAUCGAACAGUCGCCAGACGGUCUCCCUCCAGAGAAAUACCCAUAUUCAAUGAUCGGAUACCACCUCACCUUCUCAAACUCGGUAUGUGGUAUGGCCAUGACCCAAGGCGAACGUUCCAAAGUCGUAAAUAUCGGCUUUGGAGUCAACCAAUACGCCGUCCCCUCGCAAGGGACCUCGGUGGAAACCUACGUCGAAUCAAUGUCACAUAAAGUCAGUCGACUCGUUACCCACCCUCCGAGAUUAUCUGCAGAUCUAACCCAGCUCAAGCUCACCGCACUAGAGCUCCAAUCUCUCCAAGGUCAACCCGAGGAGGUCACACUUCGUCGACUGUGUAUCCUACUUGCCCUCAAAGACUCGUACAUCCGUGCUCUCGGUCAGCCUCUAGGCUUCGACUACGCCCGUCUCGAGUUCGACGUUUCGAACCACAAGGCCUGGGGUGACGGUAAACCCCUCACAGGCUGGGAGUUCCGCAUUUUCACAGCCAGUCUCGGAGUCGCACGAGGCUCGCAGCUGGUUUCCGAGCUGUACGAAUGCGCAUGUGCUUUCUUCCGAGGCACGAACGAGAUUAAAUUCGUCUGGCAUCAAACUGCAAGGGAGCUCGAGGGUUGGGUUCAGUUCAUUAACCUGGAUCAGAUGGUGAAGGUCCUUCCCAAGCUUUCAGCUUGA